AUGAGAGCAUUGGCUGCCACCAAGAAGGCAAACCAACAACACAUCAUGCGAGUUAGCAGAUCUUUCGAGGGUAUUGUACCUCUCAGAAGUCCCGUCUUGUCUCCAGUCAAUCCUAGUCCAACGCUUCCGUCACCAACUCCUUAUGAUUGGCCAUUGCCAGCAAACACGUAUUCUGAUAAAAACGGGUCGAAACUGUCUGAUGGGUAUUUCGGGAUGAACAAGGAAAAACGGAUGUCAAUGUCACCUGUUGAGAAACAGCUGAAGAGCCCGAUUGAGAUCUCAGUCACUCGUCCGAUGGACCCCCCUGCACAAGACUACGAGCCGCGUGGUAGACCUCGUCAACAGUCGAGAACAGGCUCCAGCAGAAGACUCAAUGAUUAUGAGAGCAAUGUAAUUGACGCAUAUGAAGACAGGAGUAUGGAUCCAUCCUCAAAUGAAAGUCUGAUCGACGAAGCCAAGCGACUGGCGAACGAAUACCAUGCUCUGUUCAAGCAGGAUGCUAAGAACCCUGGUUUCCGCAAGCAUAGCGCUUCUUCUAAUAGUAUCAAAGAAAACAUGAAGCUUGUGCCACAACCGCUGUUCUUCAACCCAAGGCAAAUCUCUAGACAGCGUGAACUAGAGUACCAGAAAGCACGCAACAAGGGCUUCUCACCCGCUGCAAGCAAAUCGCCCGACUCACGAGUCGUUACCCGCGAACAGCGGAACGGUCCAAAGACAAAGGAGCGCGCGCUCAACUUUCCAUACAAACUUUCUCUCACACCAGAAUCUACAGGCUUGAGCCGUCGACGCAGCACAAGUGGUAGCAUACCAAUUUCACCACCGUUUCCAGGACACGUUCCGGAAGCAACAAAGGCAAAGGAGUUGCCGUCGCCUGUACAAAGGAAACAGAGCAUUGACGACUCGGACAGUUUCUCGGCAUUCUAUCAGCGUAUAAAUGCGGAUGCAGAGCAGCUGGCUAAGGAGUACAACAAGCCUGGCAGCAAAGUCACAUUCGAAAUGAACACACUUCCCACUAUCUUCUCACAUCCGUCAGAAGAGACUACCAAAUCAUCCCAAGAGUCGUCCUUCAAUCGAAGGAAGGCGUCUUAUGACAGCGGGAUCAGCAGCGGUGCCUCUUCAAAAGGCUCACGAGCGCCCCUGAAGUCUUUCACGCAUAAGGGGCUCGCAGCCGUGACUUCAGUAUUCGGCAACCAUGCUCGUAGAUCUUCUGUCACAUCGAUUGAAGGCUUGUCAAAUUUAGUCGACAAGUUCAAGCAGCGGAGGCCAUCUUUCCCUGUAAUCAGUGCACCGCAACCGAUAUCAGCCGCCGAAGCAUAUGAUCCGGCGAGAUUGCAAGCAAUGUCUUCUGGACCAUCUCAUGCGGCAAAGAAGAGACCGAGUAUUUUCGCCGGCAUCAAAGACCACAAACGUGAGAGCAAGGCCAAUAAACGGAGGGAAGAUCUCAAGAAGACUAUAAAAAUGGUUCCGGUCGGAGGUUUCCCUCCGGCGCCGCGCAAAGAUGGGGAAUGGCUUUAG